GCAUUCUUUUCCUUAACGGCUUCUCUCUCUUGAAAGAACAAAAAGGUUUGCUCUUCCAAUUUCCUCAAACAGAGCUUCCCCAUCUCUCCUUUCUUCUCUCUCUCUCCAUCUCCCAAUAUCUUCAUCAUCAUCUUCUUCUUCUUCUUCUUCUUCUUCUCCUACUCCUCCUCCUCCAGCUUUGAAAUACUAUAACUCCUUUUCUAAUGCUAUUUCCAGGAACCAAAAAUGGUGUUUUUUACGAAGAACUUCUAAAUCUCUUCGCUUUUCACCAGCACAAUGGAGCAAGGAAAAGGAAUUGUUUUCUGCAACACAGAGCAGGAAUACCAGACGGAUUUACCUCCAGGUUUCCGCUUUCAUCCCACAGACGAAGAACUAAUCACUCACUAUCUCUCCAUAAAGGUUCUGGACACCAACUUCGAUCCAAGAGCCAUUGGUGUGGUCGAUCUGAACAAGUGCGAGCCAUGGGAGCUCCCCAAGAGAGCCAAGCUUGGAGAAAAGGAAUGGUAUUUCUUCUGCAUAAGAGACCGAAAGUAUCCCACCGGUCUGAGAACAAAUCGAGCCACUGAUAGUGGUUACUGGAAGGCAACGGGAAAGGAUAAGGAGAUUUAUAAGGGGAAGAUGAUCGUCGGAAUGAAGAAGACGCUGGUUUUUUAUAGAGGUAGAGCUCCAAGAGGAGAAAAGAGUAAUUGGGUGAUGCAUGAGUUCAGAUUGGAAGGGAAACAUUCAGCUUAUAGUUUACCUGGAGCUACAAAGAACGAGUGGGUAAUCUGCAGAGUUAUGAAAAAAAGCUUGGUUGGGAAUGGGAAGAAGGCUUUUGCAGUAACAGGAAAAACUGGUUCUUUUUCUCAUGGAGAAGAGAUGGAGAUGGGACGUCUUGCUCCUACUCCGACUCCAACUCCGCCGCCAUUAAUGGACAUGCAAGCUCACGUGACCUGCUUCUCCAACGCCAUGGAGGGUCAAAAGAUUCAAGACCCUGAGCUCUUCCGCUUCUUCAACCCUUCCUUUCAUGCUAACUCUUCUGCAGAUAUGUCUUCCAUCUUCUUCUCCAAUUUCUCUGGUAACGGAUUCAUGAACUUGCUCGAAGGUGAUCUAAUCGCGAAGCAGGGAUGCAAGAUGGAGAGGGAGAUGCUAAGCAUCUCUCAGGAAACCGGUCUUACCAGCGAUAUAAACCCAGAGAUCUCCUCAGGUAAUGAAAUUGGGAGGAGUAACUAUGGAGAGUGCCUCUGGAAUUAUGAGAACUAAUUCUCCCUGAAUCUGAAUAUUGAAAAAUCAAUUAAUAGAUUGUAUUUCUGGAUUGUGUAUAAGUAGCAUUUGUGUAUGUUUGUCCUCUCUGGAUUCAUAAUAUAGCAGUAGAGACAUGAUUGUUCUG